CCCAGCAAGGGCUAGCUUCUCCCCAUAAACCUUCCCUGCCUUUGGCUUCCAUCCAAUUUCUUCUUUCAUUCUACCUAUUACUCUGUCCUGCUCUUGAUCUGUAUCUCUCAGCUCAGAAAAAUGGGAUCUAGCCCCCUUUCUUCCCCUAACUCCAAUCUCCAAUGGACUGCCAAGAAAAACAAACUGUUCGAAAAUGCUUUGGCAAUAUAUUGCAAGGAAACACCAGACCGUUGGCACAAUAUAGCAAAAGUGAUUGGAGGGACGACAGAAGAGGAAGUAAAGAGGCGAUAUGAGAUCCUUUUGGAGGACAUCAAGUGCAUUGAGUCAGGGAAAGUGCCCUUUCCUAAUUACAGGAAAAUAGAAGCAAGCAAUAAUGGAUUAAAUGACAUCAGAAAUCAAGAAUAGAGGCUGAAGAACAAAGAUCUCGAAUCAGGAAGUAUUACCAGCAGUAGAGACCAGCUUUUUUCAUCUAGAUAUGAAUGUAGGCAGUAACCAUUGACUGCUAUAUUUUUUUUCUUCUUAUGUAAGCGUUCUUAUGUACUAACUUUACCAAGGAUAUCCAUCAAAUCUAUGCUUGAGUAUUUGUUCUUUCUCGC